GUACAACGUUCAGAUUAAACUAAAAACCCUGCAAAAAUCGUUACCGCGUUAUCGAUUACAGGUCGCUUUUGGUUGCGUGGAAAAACAGUUUGUUUGUAAUACAUUGAACCUUAUUACACCAUGGUGACUGGAGACCCGGGAGCAACAAAGUCCUCAAACGCCGCUGCUUCAGAUGAUUACGACUACACCGCAUCCAUGUCUCACCUGACCAUUGGCCAGCAAAUUCAGGAGUUGUCAAAACAACUGCAAAACACAAAGGAGGAGCUGCACCAGCAAGUGCGGGACAAGCACGGAGCUCUACUGCAGCAGGCCACUCACGCAGGACGCUUCGAUGCGGCCUUAAAUGCGCUUUCCGAGGAUGUGCAACGGGUCAGGGAAACUGGACACCGGCUGAAGAACCAGGUGGACACGCAGUAUCAGCAGGUGGAGAACCAAACGCAAGUGCUAGGGCGUCUGCACGAUGUCAGUCACCUGCUACGCUCGGCGGGCACAUUACUGAACCUCACGGCCAAACUAAAAGGGACCAAGGAUGUCUUACGCCUGGCCGAAAUCCACUUUGAGUUGGGCCAACUUAUUGAGGACAAGGAGCUGAAGGACAUUGAAUUUAUCCAGCAGGAGCGAGCUUAUGUGAUCAGUUCUGCUCAGAAGAUAAGAAACCUCACGCAGAUGCAGUUGGUUACUGGGCUCCAGGAGCGCAAUGAAAAUCAAGUCGUUAAUGCUUUGAAGAUCUUUAUGAAUUUUAAUACGCUCGAAAAAUCGCUGGAGAACCUAUUGGCUACCUUUAUUGCCGACAUGGAGCAAUCUCUUAAAGAGUGCUUUGCUGGCAACGAUAUAUCUGUGCUGAACAAGUCGCCGACGCAUAGCGUGAGCAAACCAGGUCCCUCGAGGGGACCGGGAAAAACUCCUCAGUUGACAACUACUCAAAACUUCCGGGCCAAGUUCUGGAAAUCUCUUCACUGGCUGCUUUAUGAUGAACUUUUUGAGACUUGCACGCAAAUCAAGCUGCUUAAAACGGCUCUCGAGCAGAUCAACCAGUUUGGUUAUACAUCAGAAUUAUCUGAUCAGUGCAUUCCGCAGCGUUUUUGGAAGCAGGUGCAGCAGCUCCUGCGGAAAUCCUUUGACGAAUGCCCCCAACAUGUCACCCAGACCCUUCAGGAGGGACUCUCGAAGCUCCUUACCUCCGCUCGUGGCUUGGAGCAGCGUCUGCAUGGCGAGUUUCAGUUUGACAACGAGCUAUUUGCUCCCCUGGAAGUGGGCUACGUCAGCAAGUGUGCUGCCAACUUUAAAGCCUGUUUAGCGGGAGUUGAUUUACCCGGCAACGAAACUGUUGACAAUUUCAUUCGUGUAGCUUCAGCAGAGCUCAGUGCUGCUUUGAUCGACUCCCGUCUCACGAAUGCCAUAGCAAAUGUUUUUGCAGCCUGCGGAAAAGAAUUGUGCACAAAACUAGAGGCUCAAAUCAAGCUGGGAGCGGAUUCUAAGCAGGUCGUGGAUCUGCCCAACCUGCAGCAGCAGCAAAACACUCAGCUGGCAAAUGUUCUUUAUUACUAUAAGGAUUCAGUGCGUCGCAUGCUUAGUGAUCUCCAAGUGCAAUUUGAAAAGACACCGGGAACAGCCAGGGAAAUUAUAUCCCGUUCCUUGGAACAGGCUGAUUUGCUGAUCGGCACCAUUCUACAGCAGAUAAUGGAGUCGAUUAUUACGACGAUUAGCAUCAUUGUAUUGAGUAUGCACAGGGAGCCCGGAUUGAACUCGGAGAGGAUGUCUACCACAGGUCCGUCGAUGUACAUAAAGGAACUGCAGGAGUUUGUCAACCGCUCCUGGUCGCAUCACAUCGCCCUGUUCGAUGACAAGCUGAUGACAAAAAAGUGUGGACACGAACUGGCCAAACGUUGCAUAGAGCUGUUCCUGCACAACGUGUGCAUUCUGCGACCUCUGAGCUCCUCCGGAAGGCAGCGUUUGAAGCAAGACUGCCAGCACAUGGAGCAGGCUCUGAAACCUCUUUGCCCUAAUCUCGCCGAGCUGGGCAAGCCCUCGCGUCUGCUAAGAGCCAUGUCCUUGCUGAUCGUUCAAACGGCCGAGGAGCUGGUGAAGCAAACAAUCGGGGAGAACUCUCUAGUACCCAGUUAUAUAGUGCUGCUGCUGCUCUUUGGACACGCUGGAGCUGAUCUGCAGUCGCCACACACCACGGCCAACUGGUCCAACGAACGUCUGAUUGAAUGGCUGGAUGGGCACACGGCUGAACGGGAGAAACUGGAGCUGAUCUCCGGUGCACUGCAGCGGUAUCGGGACAAUGCCAGGCGGAAAAAUAUUCAGCAGUACGACGAAAUAUACCCCAUGAUGGUGGAGUAUUUUGAACAGGCCUUGAAGGCAAUUCCAUAAAUACCUAAUGUAUUUUGUACCUAGAACUAUGUAUGUAAGAGUUCGAAUGUGGUUAUAAUAAAAAUCUACAUGGAUACAUUCA